AUGUCAUCUGACGGUACGAUGGUUCGUCUUACUACAAGCGGUCGUAUGGGCAUUCGGGCCGGUCGGCAGCUGAAUUAUGUGAAUCGCUUCCAUGCAUAUCUCAGCCGCAUUAUUAUUGAGCAGCCUAGAGGGCUUGACAAUGACGCAGGACUCUCAACGAUGCACUAUGCAGCCAUAGGGCGAAUGUCCGUCAUGCAAGAAACGGCCGAUGCGUGUGUCCGAGGAUGCCCGUCCAAUGGCAGCAUUGAUGGCGACUCAAAACAGCGCAGCAGGGCUGUUGUUGCCAUGUCCUACAAUCAAGACCAUCUGGCCUAUGGCCAAUACCACAACCAGGCCUCUGAAGGCGCUGGCGAAGGGGAAAGUGCGAGAAGUCUGGUGGGAGACACAUUCAACAUGCUGAAGAGCAAAUACAAGACACAUCACAGCUCUCAGCAGGGCCAAGCUCCAGGGAACCAGAAUCAGCCGCCUUCUCAGAGCUAUAACCCAGGGACAGGGGGUUACGGUGGGGGGCAAAGCUAUCCGUCAUACAACAGGCCUGGCUCCAGGCCGUCUGAUUCGAACCAGAUUUCGAGUAAGCCGCCAAAGGAUAAAACAUCCGGUUUGUUCGGGAAGCUCCAGGACGUCGUUGCAGAUCUCGGCGGCGAAGUCGCUCAGCGUUUAGGGACAGCUAUUGAUCCGCAGGGGUAUGCACAGUACGGGAAGCCGCAGCCCCAGACGCAGCACCGGUUCGGCAGUUUCGCCCCCGAGCGUCACGGCAAUGAUGUCCAGUGGUACGUCGACGGAUGCUCAUAUUUCUACGCCGUCUCCAAAGCGCUAGAAUCUGCGAGGGAGUCCGUCUGGAUCCUGGAUUGGUGGUUGUCGCCGGAACUGUACCUUAGACGCCCGCCGGCCAAAAACGAGCAGUACCGACUGGAUCGGCUGCUACAGGCCGCAGCACAACGCGGCGUUAAGGUUAACAUUAUCGUAUAUAAAGAGGUUACCCAAGCGCUGACUCUUUCCUCGGCCCAUACAAAACACCACCUUGAAGCACUCCACCCUAACAUUGCUGUCUUCCGUCAUCCGGACCACCUGCCAGACGGUCAAGGCCUGGCGGCUUCCAUUACCUCUUCUCUGCAAAACCUGUCUCUCGACGCACUCAAACUAGGACAGAUGUCUGUCGACGCCAUGAAGGGUGUCUACGGUAUCCACGAAGGUGUCAUUCUGUACUGGGCUCAUCAUGAAAAGCUCUGCAUAGUCGAUGGAACGGUUGCAUUUAUGGGCGGACUGGACAUGUGCUACGGUCGUUGGGACACUCACCAGCAUGCCCUUGCUGACGUUCACGAUAACCCUGCAGACAUUGUAUUCCCCGGCCAGGACUAUAACAAUGCCAGAGUCCUCGACUUCAGCGACGUUGCUCAUCCCGACCAGAACAAGCUUGACAGGACGCAGACUUCCCGGAUGGGAUGGUCCGAUGUCGCUGUCAGUUUCCACGGACCGGCUGUGGAGGAUAUUCGUCGCAUGUUUGUCGAGCGGUGGAACUUCCUCUACGAUAUCAAAUACAAGUCCCGAAACGACUCGAGGUUCUCAAGACUGGCACUGUAUGGUCAGCCGGGCUCGUCUAGUGGCCAUCCCCAGGCACAGCAGGGCUCUCAUCAGCAGGGCCCCCACCAGCAUGGCCAGCAGCAGCCCAGUCAACAGAACUCUCCCUCGGUCCAUCCGGGUAACACUCAGCAGACUUACCAGCCCGCGCAACACCAACCUGGUCAUCAGCACUAUCCUGACACUUCGCAGACUACUCCUCAGUCGCAACCAAGCUGGUCUCAGCAGCAACCAACGUAUCAACCCUACCAUCCCGGCCAGUCGUACUCGCCGUCUCAGGGUGCCAGUGAGCUGCCUCCGACAAGCCCUCAGCCCAACUGGAAUCAACAACAGCCUUCAUAUCAGUCUAGUCAGCAACAGUCGCAUCAUGGAACUCCGCAGUCACCGUAUACUGGCCAAUCCUUCCCACCUCCUCCCCCCGGACCGCCUCCAAGCCAGGGUUCUGGUCAAGCUCAUACGCCGUACUUCCCGCCUCCGCCUACUCAGGCCACCCAGGAAAAUCAACACUCCUCCCACCGCGGCUUAAUGGAUGACUACAGCGAGGACAGGGGCGAUCGAGAAAGGGCUUCUGGUGGGAGGCCAGCAGGAUCUGCAUCAAACUUCGUGCCUCGUCGUUUCCGAGAGAACUUUGAUUCACUCCGUGGUGAGCUAGCUGGUCAGAUCCACCAAUACCAGGACCGUAUCACCAGCAAUGCUCUAGGACGCCCACAGCAGCGCGGAAACAUGUCUUGCCAGAUUGUUCGUAGUUGCGGGAAAUGGAGCAAUGGCACGCCAACCGAGCAUUCGAUUCAGGAUGCGUAUGCGGAGAUUAUCCGCCACAGCGAACACUUUGUCUAUAUUGAAAACCAGUUCUUCAUCACAGCAACGGGUGAUAAACAGAAACCGGUGGAGAACAAGAUUGGCGCUGCAAUUGUCGAGCGUAUCCUCCGGGCUGCCCGCGCAGGCCAGAAGUACAAAAUCAUCGUUGUGAUUCCGAGUGUCCCGUGCUUUGCAGGAGACUUGGGCGAUGAGGCUGCGCUGGGAACUCGUGCAAUCAUGGAGUUCCAGUACAACUCGAUCAACCGCGGAGGAAACAGUAUCAUGGAGCUGAUUGCGAAGGAAGGCUACAAUCCAAUGGAGUACAUCCGGUUCUACAACCUUCGCAACUAUGACCGUCUCAAGUACACCGUUCCCAAAGCCGCUCCUCAGAGCGGAGGCUUUGGGCCUGAGCAUCGCCCCGCCUUUGACACAUCCGCGGCCUAUCAAUCCUAUUCAUCCAGUCAUGCAGGACCCAAGUCAGGAUCUGGGCAGUGGGAUACUGUGAGCUCGUGCUACAUGCUCAAUGGGCCCGACCUUCGGAGUAUCCCUUGGGAUGGUCCCACCGAGGCAGAGAUCGACGCAUUCGUUACGGAGGAACUAUACGUCCACUCCAAGCUAACGAAACAGGUCAUGAUUGCCGACGACCGCAUCGUUAUCUGCGGGUCUGCCAACAUCAAUGACCGGUCUCAAGUGGGCGACCACGACUCGGAAAUCGCCGUUAUCAUCGAAGACAGAACGCCCGUUCCAUCCAAGAUGAACGGUCAGCAGUGGACAGCCAGUCGCUUCGCAUCCUCGCUCCGCCGCCACCUAUUCCGCAAGCAUCUUGGCCUGCUUCCCCCCCAGGACUACGAGCAUGUUAAUGAUCACUUUGACUUCGACUCCCCUGAAAGCCAAGUCGUGGCGGAUCCCUUGGCGGACACCCUCCUCAGCCUCUGGAACACCCGUGCCCACAAAAACACCGAGGUCUACCGUGAAGUCUUCCACUCUGUUCCUGAUGACACCGUUCGCAAUUGGAAUACGUACAAGGAGUUCUACGGCUACUACUUUAAGAACGCAGACAAGCAGGCGUUCGGCGAGAAGAUAGACGGCCCUCCCCCAACAUACAAGUACGGGCACGUGGUCGCUGAGAAGUUCCCCGGUCCCGACGGCGUAAAGCGAGUCAAGGAACUGCUCAGUCAGGUGAAGGGGACGUUGGUGGAGAUGCCCCUAAUGUUCCUGUGCGAAGAGGAUGUGGCUGAAUCUGGGCUGACGCUCAACGACUUGACAGAACCGCUUUAUACCUAGUUAGAUUAUGACUGAGAAUAUCUUUGUAUUAUUUAGAAUAUAUGGCAGUCUUCUUGUGU